AUGGCCAUCUGCACAACUUCCCACGACAGGGGCGCCUUGCCGCUUAAGGGCGUGGCUCCUAGGUACCAUUAUCGCGGCACCUUGGUGUCAAACUAUCAAAUCGGUUAUGUAUGCUAUGAUCCUACAACCAUCGAUUGCGCUCGCUUUGCGUUUCCCGGUUACCAAUUCCUUCUUAUGCCCUAUAUCUCAGUUUUGCCGUGUCAUCGUCUUCCCGACACUACCGCCGGCCGUCAAGGCAUCGCCGCCGCCACUUUUACCAGGUGUUCCCCGUCCUCUGAAUACCUCUCACUCUUCCGUUCUUCUGUCUUCUCCUUCUCGCGCCGCAGCAAUCGGCCCUCCUCCCCCUUCCCUUCCUCCUGUCCCCUCUCGCAUUCAAGUACCGUCGCCACUGCCGCUGCCCGCCGCUUCCUCCGCCACCUCUUCCGUCCAUCCACUGUAUCUUACAACGCUUUUAUCAACUCUCUUCUCCUUGCCAACCACACUACUGCUGCUUCUUCAGCCUUCCUCGCGCUUCUUUCCUCCGGUCUACGCCUCACUACCACCUCUUUCACCAUCUUCCUCAAACUCAUCCUCAACUCCACUCGUGCUAGUCGGUUCGAUGAUGCCUAUUCUCUCCUUGACAGAAUGCUCCAUUAUGGUCCGCUACCUGAUGCCAUCACUUACUCUACCUUCAUUGCUGCGCUAUCCCGUGCUGGAAGAAUCUCGGAAGCUGUAGGUAUUCUUGACUUCAUGCUUGAAAAAAAAUGCAGCCCCACACCCCAGGCAUGUACUUCUCUCAUCCAUGGUUAUUGUUCUCAAGGAAAGGUCAAGGAAGCAAAGCACUUUCUGGGUUUGAUUGAAAAUUAUGGGUUUGCUCCAGAUACCUUCAUUUACACAGUACUGAUUGACGCUUUGAGUAGACAUGGUGAAUUUGAUGAGGUAGAAAAGAUUUUGGGUGAGAGCCAGUCGAAGGGUUGGAAGCCAGAUGAGGUCACUUACAACGUUUAUAUGAAUGGUCUUUGUAAAGCUGGAAGGAUUGGCGAAGCAUUUGGACUUUUGAAUGAUAUGAGAUGCAAUGGUCUGCUUCCAAGUUUGGAAACUUUGAAUAUACUCUUCGAUUGUUUGUGCAGAGAUUGUAAGUUACUGGAGGCAAUGAAGAUAUUGGAAAAGAGUUCAGAAUUGGAUUGGCGCCCGGAUAUUGUUUUCUACAACACUAUAAUGAGUAGAUUUCUUGAUCGUGGUUGGUCUACUAAUGUUCUGUUGUUCUUUAGUAAUAUGGUCAAGAAGGGGAUUGAACCAGAUGCAUGUACCCUUACACUGAUAAUUCGGAGUGUGUUUUCAGGCGGAAAGUUUCAGCUGGCUAGAUAUUUGAUCAAUGAAAUUUGGAGUUUUGGUCCUGAUGUUCUAGCAUUCAACACAUUGCUUCAUCAGUUUUACCUAUUUGGAGAAAACAAGGAGGUUAUAAAUCUGUUUUCUGACAUGAUUCAGAAGAACAUGACUCCAAAUAAGUUCACCUACUGUAUUGUGAUUGAUAGUCUUUAUAAGGAAGAAAGGAUUGAAGAGGCUAUUGAGCUUGUACAUGGGACCAUUAGAGAUGAUUUCAUGCAGGAUUUGAUUAGUCGUCUGUUACGUUGGUUGGCUGGUGGUCAGAAGUUGGGGGAAAUUCUAAAGCUGUUUCAAAAAUUGGGGAAGGAUUCUGUGAUAGAUUUUGCAUGUUUCAAUUCAUUAAUUCUAUCAUGUUGCAAGGCAGCAUGACAAUGAGGCAGCUUAUGCUCUAGACAGCUUGAGGUUUAUUACAAAAAUUUACUCAUAUGUUGGAGCUGGCUGCAACUAUUUUGGUAUUUGAACUUAAGAUAGUGACGAAGAAUUGAACUGAUGAAGAACCAUGAUGUGCCAAUUUAAUUUCACCCAAAUAAAGCUAAUGUGGUCGAUAUUUGAUUUAUGCGGUUUUGAUGAUCACUCAGAA